AUUGGUGUAUUCUUUCAUCAAAUCCAGGCCGCUCUGAUAUAGAAAGUUUCAUCCAUUUUGCAGUUCUAAUCUUGCAUCCAUGGCUUCCUCUUCUUCGUCUCUCCAUAUGUUUGGCGAACACGAACACCAACAGGGAAGAUUGACUGCAUCUUCGAAACAAUAUGAUGCAUUCAUUAGCUGCCGAGGCCCUGACGUCACAGAAACCCUUGCUAAACAACUGUAUGAGCUUCUUCAGGCUAGAGGGUGCCGUGUAUUUCUAGAAUGUGAAGAGAAAGAAUGGGGGGCUUCUAUUCCUUUUGCCAUUCGCGAUGGCAUUUGCUCAUCCGCUGUGCACAUACCCAUUUUUUCCAAAGCAUAUGCAGAGUCGUCAUGGUGUUUAGAGGAGCUUGUUCUAAUGUUAGAACAAUUUGACGCCCUGUUUAUUCCCGUGUUUUACGAUGCGGAACCGUGGGAGUUUCGCCGCAUCGAGAACAAGAAUUCAGCGUAUGCUGCGGCAUUUUCUGGUUAUGAAAGUAGAGGAUGGAAGCUUGAUAAGCUGGAGGAAUGGAAAACAGCCCUCGUGUCUGCUUCGGAAUUCUCUGGAUAUGAAUAUAGCCAGAAUAAAGACAAUUUGUGUGAAAAGAUUGUGUCUCGUGUCCUGCAAGAAAUUGAAAGGAGGAUCACCCCAUUACAAUUUGCAAAUUAUCCGAUUGGACUCGAUAAAAUGGUCGAAGAUUUUGAAAGAUCUUGUUUAGAGACACCAAAUACUGAGGUCAAGAUGGUAGGGAUUUUUGGAAUGGGGGGGUCUGGCAAGACCACCCUGGCAAAAGAAUUAUUUAGCAGGAAGCGUUCAAGCUACAGCAGCGCAAGUUUUCUCUUUAAUGUGAGAGAAUCACAUGCCAGAAGUGAUUUGCGUUCCUUGCAAAGUAAGCUCUUAAAAGAUCUCUUUCACGAUGAUAGGCAACCGGAGCAUCGUUUGGGAAGGGCAACACAUCAACACUCUCUUAUUGUCCUCGAUGAUAUCGAUGAUCGGGACCAAUUAGAUGCCCUGUUGCCUGAAGGUAUGCUAGGCCCUGGUAGCCUUGUAAUUGUUACAACUCGUGACCUCGGUGUGUUAACGGCUGCAGAUGUCACUACAAGUUACAUGAUGAAGCCAAUGGAUCCGAUUACUGCUGAAGAGCUCUUCUGUAGACAUGCUUUCCACGGAGGGGAUCAAACCCCUGAAUAUAAAAAAUUGGUUGAAAGCUUCGUUGAUGUCUGUGGAGGUUUACCCCUCUCACUUCAAGUUUUGGGCUGCCAUGUACGUGAUAGGAAUGGGGUUUAUUGGAAGUUACAAUUGGAAAAGGCUAAGAAAAUCCCGCCGAACGACAUAAUGCAAAAGCUUAGAAUCAGCUUUGAUUCUCUGGAUGAAGAGGAGAAAGAGAUAUUUAUAGAUAUUGCCUGUUUCUUUUUUGACAAACCAAAAGAUAUGGCUAUGGAAAUAUGGAUGGCGUCCCAGUGGAGUACAGCUGAACGCUCAGUUCAAACUCUGGUAGAUAAGUGCCUUGUUGAAGUAGAGCAUUCGGCAAAAGGAGACUUUUUUAUAAUGCAUGAUCAACUCCGCGACUUGGGAAGACAUCUGGCCGAUACAGUGGGUUCUCCUCGGCUGUGGCAGCCUCAGCUUCUUAGACCUUUGCAAGAAAAGGGAUUCCGAGAAAUCCUAGAAGAAACAAGCGAGCGGUUUUAUAAUUCUUUUUGGGAACCCUCCCUCAAUUCAAGAAUUGAAUUUUUUAUAGGAAAUUCAAAUAACUACGAAGGCACUUCAAGUCGCCUCCUCUGGGUUGGGGUUGAUCAGGCACUACUGGAAAAAAUUCGCUCAGGAAUUCCUGAGAGACAGUUGAAGCAUUUGGAAUUGAGGAAAUUGUCAUUUGGUCAAAUUGCUACCCAGGAAGUGAAGAGUUCGAGUGCACUGCCAAAAUUAUAUGAUGGGGAGGAGAUACAGGAAGUGAAGAGUUCAAGUGCACUGUCAAAAUUAUAUGAUGGGAAGAAGGUAAAAAAGAGGAAAGCUCUUUACGAGGUUGCAAGUAAUGAGGUGGGACUUGAUGAUCUUGUAGAAGAUUUUGAAAGGCACUGCCAGCAAAUGGCUGACAAGGUGAAGGGGUUGAAGAACAACAUAAUUGGCAUAUUCGGAGUAGGAGGGUCUGGCAAGACCACUGUUGCAAAACAAAUUUUCAGCCGCAAGCGUUCUUUAUACAGUAAAUCGAGUUUCUUGUUCGAUGUACGGGAAGCAUCUGCAAAAGAUGAUUUGACUUCUUUACAGACUAAGCUCUUGAAUGAUCUGCUCUCUGAAAAUCAGCCCACCCCAAAUUUUCCAGUACCGAUGAAGGCAUCAGCUAUAUCGAGAGUGUUCUGGAAAGAAGCCCCAUUUUCAGUUUCCUUACAGUUAUAG